AUGAUGGUGCUGUUCUCCGGCCUCGGGGAGAACGCGCAGGAGGAGGUGUCCGUGGGCGUCGGCGCGCUGGCGGGCAGCACCAUCAUGCUGCUCACGCUGCCCUGGGCCGUCUCGGUGCUGGCGGGCCGGGUCAACCUGGACGACCAGGGCGCGCCGAGGUACAAGCGGCCCGCGGACGCGGGCGAGGACUGGGAGAAGCUGUCCCCGCCCGGCAACCUGAGCCUGCUGCGCACCGGCGUCGGCUUCGGCAGCGAGAUCCAGGACGCGGCGCGGUACAUGGUCUUCACGAUGCUGGGGUAUUUCGUCAUUCAGGGUCCAGCGUUCUUCGUGGACGGCCGCAAGGCGGGCGACUCGGCCUCCCAGCUGCGGAGGGCGCAGGCCCACGAGUCCAGCACGGAGAGCCUGUGGGCGUUGGCCGGGCUGGUUAUCUGCAUCGUUGGGUUCUUGGCGUAUUUGCACAGGAUGUGGCGGGAGUCGAAGAGUCAGAGCAGCGCAGUGUCGGACAAGAUCGCCGAGGUGCAGGUGGACGCCAUGCAUAGAGGCAAGGUUUCUCUGCGAGGCGCCCUGGCCAAGUAUAAGGACAGCCACUGGCUGGAGCUGAACGACGAGGAGGAUCUGAAGCGUGCGCUCCUCGAUAAGGAGACGAUGGAGGAAGUGCGGGGGAUGUGCAAGGUGCUGGCUCCGUUCUACACGGACUACGACACGAACGGCGACAACUUGAUUGAUUUCGAGGAGUUCCGGAUGAUCCUGAACGACGUUCACGAGAACGUCCCGAAGGAGACGCAGAGGGUCAUAUUCGACAACGCAGACACGGACGGCAGUGGCACGAUAUCUUUCGAGGAGUUCGUCGCCUGCCUCAUGUCCUUCGUGAGCGAGGGCAGCACCGAGCGGCCCGAGCUGGAGGAGAGGCGGAGGCGGCGGGUGUCCGUCGCGGACCCGCUGCGGCUGUACGCGUCCAGCUCUCUCUCCGACAAGGACGAAUCGAGCCCGCCGGGCGACGGCGAGGACGACGAGCCCGAGGAGGAGGAGAUGCCCGAGGACUUGGCCGACCUCGAGCCGCGCGAGCAGCAGAGGAGGAUCAAACUCCGCGCCGCGUGGAAGAUGGCCCUCGGCAGCGCCAUCGUGCUGAUUUUCUCCGACCCAGCGGUGGACGUGAUGGCAGAAACGGGGAGGCGGCUGCAGAUCUCGCCUUUCUACGUCUCUUUCGUCAUGGCCCCCAUCGCGUCGAACGCCACCGAACUCGUUGCCGCGUACAACUACGCCUGCAAGCGGACGACCAAGUCCAUGACGACCUCUCUCGGCACGCUGCUGGGCGCGGGGGUCAUGAACAACACGUUCUGCCUCGGAAUAUUCUUAGGGCUUGUCUACUUCAAGUCUCUCGCCUGGGAGUUCUCGGCCGAGACGCUCUCCAUCCUCGUCGUCGAGGCCGUGGUGGCGCUGCUGGUGUGGGGCCGCAGGAGCAUGAAUCUGCUGUCUGGGCUGGUUGUGCUGGCGCUGUACCCGCUGUCGCUGUACGUCGUGUGGGCCCUGACUCAGGUGGGCCUGGACUGA